ACACUCUCUCUCACUCUCAAUUCUCACUUCCCCCCACAUUUCCUUCCAUUCCCAACAUGUCUGACACCCUCCCCGACCUUUCCUCUUGGCUCCCGUCCGACUUCCUCUCCGGCGACUUUGACCACAUCAAACCACCCCACGUCCCCAACCGCCACCACCACCAUUUUCCGUACGACUUUGCUUCCUCAUCUUCUACUGAGUCAGAAAGCGACGACGAUGAACUCACUGGGUUGACUCUCCGUUUCACUCGCUCCGUUUCCCUUCAAGAACGUCUCCAUAACACUUUCCCUUUUCAGAAGAAAAUGGGUUUCUCUGGCUCUUGCCCAACGACGCCGUUUCCGUUAGACAACGAGUGGGAACAGGUACACGCUGCGGCAGAACGAGUAGCCAGAAUGAAAAUGCAAAUAAUGAACACUACCUCAAACGACGACGUUUUGGCUAACAGAGUUGAUAUUGUACCUCCACGUCACCUGGGACCCACCCAAACCCACCACCACCACUGCCAUCAUCUCGACUGUUCCAUCUGGAGGUCUGAAAAUGAAGACCAUCUCCGGCUGCUACACUUUCGUAACAGGGUUUCUCUCAACGGCGGUGGGUAUUUACCCACCGGCCGGCCGGUGGGUUUCCGGCAGUCUGCAUGGCCAACACUCCGUGUUGAAACCCCCCGACGUCAUCAAAACGCUCCUGUCAAGAAAGAAUGUGCCGGUACCGGAGUCUUUCUUCCCCGGAGCUACUCUCCUAACCCACCUGAAAUUAAGAAAAAAACAGGAGGAGGAGGAUGUCAUUUUCCAGCAAAUAGAGUGAUGAACAAAAACAUGAACAUGAUGGGGCCCCCUCAACCAACAAACAUCCAGCAGUAUCCUUGCUCUCAGUAUCAUCAUCCACCCCACUACAAUAUCACACGUGACGAGCUUGAAGAGCUUGUAAUGGCAAGAAGAACUGCAAUGAUGUUAGCCCAACAACGCCGGAUUUGCACCAGCCGUGUGGCCCCACCUGAACCACAAAUGGGCCAACACCACCCUGAAGCCCUUCUCCCUCAAGAAUGGACAUAUUAGUCUCCGUUUUUCCAUCAAUCAAGAAACAUAGGUUACAAAAAACAUUAUCACAAGUAGGGAUCUGAAGAGUAGUAUUACCAGUAUUAUUAUUACUAUUAGUAGGAGUUGUUACUAUAAAUGAAGAAAAAUAAAGGUAGGUUUUGUUUAAUGUAGGAAUUUGGGGAAAAAAAGGCUUUUGUUGGGGGUUUGUUUUUGUAAGAAAGGAGAAAGUGUAAGGGGGUUAGUAGUGAUAGAAUAAAAUGAUGGUCUUGAGAAGUGUGGGGGCUAUUUGUUUGUUUUUUUUCUUAAAAAAGUGAAAGGGGGUAAUUUUGGGAUAUGAAAUGACUGGAAAAUGGUCUCUUUUGUUCAUUUCAAAAUUUUAAUAAAAGGGAGCCAAAGUUUGAUUUUGAAUGAAUUUGGCUGGUUUGCUUGCU